UUGGGGUGUGUUUUCUGUGCCGGACUCACAAUUUCCCCGUGACGACGCACAGCUGUGUUGUAGUUAGUUUGACACCAAACUACUAAUCUUGACGCUUUGUAUCCAAACAAAGACUUUAACCUUCAUUUACGAUGGACCUGCCGAGCGAAGAGGCUUGCGGUGGACCAAAUAUGAAGGAUAAAGAAGAGGAAAGUAUGACGUAUAAAGAAGCGGGAAAGGUGUCUCCUGACGAAGCAGAGGAGGAAAUGGAGGAUGAAACUCAUGCUGACAUUUUGGACGUUUUUGAGGAGGGACUCGCACGUCUCGUUCAGGAUCCUUUACUUUGUGAUCUUCCUAUCCAGGUGACGUUGGAAGAAAUCAAUUCUCAGAUUGCUUUGGAGUACGGCCAGGCCAUGACUGUGAGGGUUUUGAAGGCUGACGGUGAAAUCAUGCCCAUCGUGGUGGUCCAAGACGCCACCGUGCUGGACCUGAAGAAAGCCACUCGCAGGUUUGUGGAGCUGAAGCAGCAGCGGGAAGGCAGCGUGAGGCACAUCAACUGGAGGUACGUGUGGAGAACCUACAAUUUAGUGUUUCAGGGGGAGAAGUUAGAAGACGACCGUGUGAGGUUGAAGGAUUAUGGCAUCAGGAACAGGGACGAGGUGACCUUCAUGAAGAGGCUGAGGAAAAAGUGACUCUUUCUUCCCUCGGAGGCUCCACUUGAAGAUCGACCAGCAGGAAGAACAUGUGAGGGGUCACCUAGAGCAGUUCAUGGGCGGUGAGGAAGUCCGUGGCGAAGACGCCCUCGGGCGCUGCCGACACAGCCGCGGCGUCCACACCCUCUGCGGGCGUGCACAGCGUCAGGUCCAGCCAGUCCAUGGCGUGAAGCUCCUCUAUCAGCUUCAGCGGCUCCUCCACGGCUGCACUCAGGAGGGAGUCUAACCGGGGGUCGGGGGCCAAGGCUGUGGGCGGCAUGUGUGCCACUUGGACCAGAGGCGGAGGACGUGAUAGGACGGUGUUGACAGGAAGGAGUGUGACGCUGGGUGUGACAGGACGACGCUUGUCCAUGCUGGGAGACUCCUGCUUAAUGAAGGGGGAUAUCUCUGCAAAACAUGGCAACAACACUGUGUGUUAGGUAGGUACAGGUACUGUAUACACACAUACUUAUAUAUAUGUAUGUUUGUAUGUAUACGUACACACAUAUAUAUCUCGAUGUAUGUGUGUAUUUAUAAAUGUGUUUAUAUAUAUAAACAUUUAUACCUACAAAAACGUGUUUAUAUAUAUAUAUAUGAAUGGUGCAUAUAUGUGUAUAUACAUACAUAUAUACACACACAUUUU